AUAUUAUUGCUUAUUUGUCUAUUAUCUAUUAUCACUAAUCUAUCUACCUCGGGUAUCACUUAACUACCGAUUAUGCCUAAACCUUCCCUCUUUGUUGGGUCGACAUGCUUAGCGCUACGAUGGCGACGGCGAACAAUGAUAGGAGAGGGGGAAUGAUAUAGCGGCAAUGCUCAUCAACUUCUUUUUCUCGCGGCAGUAUGAUUGUCUUGCUCUCUUGCUCAAUUAUUAAAGCUACACUUUCCUGGUUGGUUCGUCAAGAAUUGCACAAUAUUUCAUCACUUGACCAUCUGGCUCAAUGGUAUUGGUCUGAAUCUGCUGCUGCCCGCUACCCCGGAUCGUCUUCCUCCAAAAAAUCGGGGCCUUCUCACACCGAAAUAUGCGAAUACGGUGUCAUCAUUCGACAUGAUCUAGCCCAGUUUUCUUCCUCGGCUGCAAUCCAAGCCAAAAUAAGUGCAACACCGGCUGAGAGGCUUGGUGGAGUUGGCAACUGAACGCGACGGGGCCUGCGGGCGCACUCUGCCGACUGAGAACCGUUCUUCCGUGCCAAGUACAUACGAUACUAACCCUGUUAUGGUGUG